AUGUCCUAUUUCUCCAGUAACUUCCAUUUUUUUUAUGAAUCAUCUGUAAGUCAGAAUUCUACUGGAGAUUUUAGAUGAAAUCGAUACAGAAGCUCUAACACUUCAAGUGGCAUCUAUCUCUUUAUCGGCAUGCCACCCCAUUGAAUUUGUAUAUUUUUUGUUCAUGUACUAUUUCUCCAGUUCAGUCCAUUUUUUUAUGAAUCAUCCAUAAAUCAUCCAAGUCCAAAUUCUACUGGAGAUUUAGAUGAUAUCGAUACAGAAGCUCUAAGACUUCAAGAGGCAUCUAUCUCUUUGUCGGCAUGCCACCCCAUUGAAUUUGUAUAUUUUCAGUUCAUGCUCUAUUUCUCAAGCUUAGUCCAUUGUUUUAUGAAUCAUCUAUAA